GUACUACCCCUCCGAAUAUUCUCCCUUUUCUCCUAUAUUGCCAUCUCCUUCCCUCUUCCUCGCCUUUCCUCUUCUAUUUUUCUCCAUUAUUUCACUCCUUCCUUUCCUUCACCAUUUCCCUUCCUUUUCUUUCACUUAUGAAAUUCGGUAAGAGUCUCAGCAACCAGAUCGAAGAGACCUUGCCCGAAUGGCGGGACAAAUUCCUCUCCUACAAAGAUCUCAAGAAGAAGCUCAAACUCUUACAGCCUAACUCCCCCCACAUUAACCGCCCUUCCAAGAAGCCCAAGCUCGACGCCCAUGCCGAUUCUAUUUCUAAUCAAGUCAUUGAUUUUGUUACUCUCUUGGAAAAGGAGCUCGACAAAUUCAAUUCCUUCUUCGUUGAGAAAGAAGAGGAGUACAUAAUCAGAUUGAAGGAGUUACAAGAUAGAGUAGCUACAGCAAAAGAUUUUGAUGAAGAGUUGAUACAAAUUCGGAAAGAGAUUGUUGACUUCCAUGGUGAGAUGGUUUUGUUGGAGAAUUACAGUGCUCUUAACUAUACAGGUCUAGCUAAAAUCCUCAAAAAGUAUGACAAAAGAACUGGUGCACUUAUUCGCCUACCCUUUAUACAGAAGGUCCUACAACAACCCUUCUUCACCACAGACUUACUCUAUAAGCUUGUCAAAGAGUGCGAGGCAAUGCUUGACCGCCUCUUCCCUGCAAAUGAACAGCCUACAUUGGCCGAGGCAGCUGAUGGCAAUGAGGGAUGUGCUCCGAGAGCAUCUUCUACCGCCACCUCGAACAACGAUGGGAUUCUCGGAAUGCCCAAGGAACUUGCAGAGAUUGAGCACAUGGAGAGCGUGUAUAUGAAGAGCACGCUAUCAGCAUUGCGAGUUCUGAAAGAAAUUCGAAGUGGAAGCUCGACUGUCAAUGCAUUUUCAUUGCCACCAUUACAGAUAAAUGGCCUAGAGGGGACAUGGAAAAAGGUUCCUGUGCUUGAACAGGAAGCCAUAGCUAAGUAGUGUUUUGGUUUUUAGAAGAUAACAUCACUUGAUUCCAUUACUUUUAUGACAACAUCUUGUAAGAAUGAAUUAGAUACUAAAAAGUUAAACAUGUAAAAUCUUAAAUAUAAAUCUAAAAGAUGUAGCAAAUAGAAAGCCAAUGUUUUUCCUGUUU